UAUAUUUCCUUUCAAAAGGCUCCUCUCAGCCACAUGAAUAUCCCCAUAGGCGUGCAGACAACUCCGCCCUGUGUCACUGAGAUCCUUUCAUUAACUGUUUUUCCUAUCAUAUUAUUCAUCCAACAUGCGAUUCAGUCAGUUGUCUUAUAUCGCCGCCCUCGUUGGCAGCCAGCUAGUUGCUGGUGAUGACGAAGCUCAUGGUGAGGGCCUUGAAGGCACUGUCAUGGGUCCCGUCGCCUUUCUAUGGCCUGACGACAGACCUUGGAGCGCCUCGGCUGAUAACUCGGGGCCUUGUGGAAGUUCCAGCGGCGUGAGCAACCGAACCAUCUUCCCGCUCACUCAGGGAACUGUCGCUCUGUCGAUUGCAGACGAUGCCUGGAAUGUUAACUUCUCUAUUGCAUACGACAACGCACCGACAAUCCAGAGCCAGUUCACCCAACAGGUUGUUAGUGAAGUCACAGAGAUAGAACCUGGCCACCAAUGCUAUAAGGUUGCUAGUAUCCCCAGCAGCGUGACUGCGGGAACCAACGCUACCAUCCAGUUGGAAUAUUGGUCAAACGUCGACAACGAGCUUGGCGGUGCCAACCAAACCUUCUACGCCUGCGCCGAUAUUACUUUCGUCAAGACAAAAGACUUUGAUAUCACAGCCCCUUGUUUCAAUGUAACAGCGUCAGACUUCGAUUCAGGCGCCUCAUCCUCGACUUCUAGCUCGGUCCCAAGCGCCACAGGCACAACCGCUAGCUCUGACACAACUAGCAACCAGAGCUCAAGCUCGUCUAGUGAUGGCCUAUCUACCGGAGCGAAGGCUGGUGUUGCCGUUGGUGUGGUUGUGGCUUCUCUUGGUAUCGUGGGCGUCGUCGCCUUCAUCAUGCUUAGGAAGCGCAGGUCGGCCCCUCACGAUAGUGAGGCAUCAGUACCCGCCGCCAAGAACCAGCCUGAGGUAGCCUCUGUCAAUAGUCACCAAAACUAAGUUAUUUAGUUGUUGUAAUUUGGAUUAGGCAGUCAACAACUUGGAAAUAAGCAAGAUGGUUGGAUAGUUACCUAGGUAUAAGACUUUGGAAAGACGAUGGUUGAAGAUGAAUGUGACCAUGCCCUAUCAUUUUUACAGAGAUAGUUAAUAUACCCUGUUACAUAUACCAAUCUAUCU